GGGAGUCUCGCUCUGCUGAGGCUUGGGAAGGGGGUCCACCUGAUCUAAUUUUGCACUUCUAGCUUCUUUUUAUAUAUACAAAGGAACUUUUGUUCAUUUUCUUUCAUCGCCCAGCUUUGGGCAACAUCGGGAAGCCGGGUUCAAUACUCCUGAAGCUGUCAGUGGCCCUAACAAACCCAACAACAACAAAGAAAGAAAAAACCAGGCCGGCCAAAAAUUUCCAUCUCGUGCUGUCAUCAGAAGGAAAAGAAACUCCUCAAGAAACUGAUGUGUCCUGGAGAAGAAGAGAAGAAAAUUAUAAUUUUUUUUGGGGGGGGCGUUAAUUCUCACAAGCAACUGUAGUGACUACAGACAUCACAACUAGUCAGUCCACAUCACAACUCACUGUUAUUGGGAAGAGAAAGAACCUCUAAGUAAUCUGCACAUAUGCUGAAGAUGAGUUUAUAUCGUGUAAUAGAAGCGGGAUACAGGAGAGGCGGUCGGAGGCUUUCAACACACAUAGCUCCUUUGUUUCAAGAAACCACACCAACCCAACAGGAAACUUUCUCUGAAAAUGAAGAGGACAUAAUUGAACAGAAGAGAAAUAAAUCUAGGUUAAAGCAAUGGCACUUUGCAAAAUAUCACAGUCAGAUACAAGAAUUAACAGAUGAUGAGGAGCAAGUCCUUUCAUUACGCUUUCAGCGUAAACUUUAUGGAAGUUAUGGUGCUAUUAGUGGCAUUAGCUCUGCAAAAUUGUGGCCAAGUAAGGAGGAAUUAGCAACAGAAAAGGAAAGGGAAAGUAUUACUUACCCACACACUGUUCAGGAAAUGAUUAAUAUAGCCAAGGAGCAAAAGAAACAAGAAGAAAAGCUCUUGAAAGAAAGGCAAGAAGACCUUGUGCGCAAGGUAGCCAAAUUGAAAGAAUGGAAGAUGGAAGUAAAUAAGCGUGUAGCAAAGCAGGAGAAAGAGGCACAGGAAGCUAAGGAAAAGAAGGAACGUCUUAUUGAGGAAGUGCGAAGUAUUCUUGGCUAUCGCAUUGAUCCCAAAGAUGAACGGUUCAAAGAAGCUCUGCUGAAAAAAGAAAUGGAAGAUAAGAAGGCAUCCAAAGCUGCUAAGAAGCUGGCACGACAGCAACGCUUGAUUGAGAGACUGACUGAAGCAUCUGCUGAGGUUCCAAGUGCUGGCAGGUCUUCUACUGAUGAUGAACCAAAUAGGGACCCACCCAGUAAUACAUCAGGGUCACCUGAAGUGUAAACAUUGCUACCUUCUGGACAUUCUUCACUUACCACCUGAAGUAAAGAAUUUACAAAUAUUAUGUUCAGCAGAAAGUGGUAAAUCUGUAUGGGUCAUACAGGGUUUGAGGAAUGGUAGGUAACCAAGUUUGAUCUGAGAGAGAGGGAGAGGGUAUCUCCAAUUUCUUGGAUCAAGAACAUUUAUCAGCUGUCAAGGCACCCACACUUGAAAUGUAAGUGUAGAGUCCUUAUUUAAAUACUUGGCUACAGUAAGUUUUAAUUCUUUUUUUUUUAAUGAAACAGAGUUAAGUGUUGGUGCAGAGUAGUAGCAAUGCAGAGGGCAUUACAGUGAAACUUCUUAUUAACACACCUCUCAUUCUGAAAUUUCAUCAGUUUCAGACAGAAAUUGACCAGACAAAUGCUCUACUGGACAAAGUAUUGUUAUUCCGGAUAUUGUCUGUAGCAAUAGUAUCAGGUUGUUUUUUCAAGUAUCAGACCAAGCUCCUUAACUCCAAAAUUUGUUCAGUGUGGGCCAAAGUGGCCACAUUGUGGUCUUGGCUGUUUUUUUUAUUCCCUGAGCCAUAGGUCACCCACACCUGUUUGAUGUUUGUGCUAACUCAUGCUUAUACUUGUUAUUAUCUCUACUUUUCCUUGGAUUUUGAGCAUUUUGUGAUACUUUUAUGAACAUAUUAAGUAAAAUGUAAUUAACAGUGGCCUCUAAAGCAAACAGUGGUGUCAAGACAAAGCGUGUGGUUCUCAGUAAUCUACAUCUCAGUCAUCUAUGUUUUCUCAGUCUUCUACAUCUCAGCUAUCUACAUCUCAGCCAUCUACAUUAUUUUCACUAUUAGAGCUUUUUUUUUUUUUUUUUUUUGUUUUUUUGUUUUAGUCCUGUUCGGCGUGAUGUUAAGAGCAGGUUUAAAAUUUUCACCUGCAAGGAUGGCUUGCCGCUUGGUCUCUUCUCAUUCCGCUGUCCCGUUGAGAAGUCCUUCAAUACUAGUCAGAUCUUAUAACUCUUUCUAACCAGAACUAAGGUGCCUUUAGGCCACCCCACUGGUUAUGCAUUCUCUGCUGCACUAUGGAACCUUCCAAGGCCUUGACUACAUACAACUCAAUUUUCAAAGUUGGUAGAUGAAGUUCUUUAUUCAGAAUUUUGUACGUUUUUGGGGACAUAACUCCUCUCCAGGUAAUUAUCACUGCUCCAAGGACAACUUCUUGAGGGUCAAUAGGCUGUAUGUUGAUUGUAGUAGAUGGCGACACAGCGUUGUCCUGCGAUUCGUUGUAGAGAUGAAGCUGCUGGGUCGCCCAAAGGGCAGCCCAACAUCUAAUCUGGCCAGUAUCAUAGUACUCGACCUUCCGUUGAUACUGAUCCGCCAUAGUUGAAAUGCUGGAGUCGCUUGCUAUCUUCACGUCGAGCACGUAAGCCUUCUUGUUUUCCAAGUCACAAAUUAACAGGUCAGGCUUACGUGUGCCAAGGGCUGUUGGAAUAUGUGGCUCCUUGACCACUGCAUGCUUUUUCGUUAUACAGUCAGAGGCGAUAGCAUCCAUGACAUUAUCAUGUCGUCGGACCCGCUGUCCAUGAAGCCGCGGACAAACCCUCGCAGGUUGUGUUAAUCUGUCUUCAUCCUCUCGCAUGCCUUGUCUUAGUUGGCAUCAAAUUAUGUUUAAUCUUCAAAGCAUCAAUAUACGUGGCUCCCUUAAUCAAGCUUGUUCCAUUUGUCAUCCAUCGAUGAACUUGCGGGACCAAAUGAUGUUCUUUCAGUCCAGCCCCAUCUAACGAACCCACCAAGACAUUCAUCCAUUCCUUGAGCUCCUGCCUUCUAAUUGUCACCACCACAUUUUUCACUCUACUCCUCCCUACAAACCUUAAUGCCUUCAGGGUGUUUGGGUGCAACGCCAGAUUCCGUAUAAUGUGAUCCUCAGAGUUGUGAAAUGCAUCCAACCUGUUUCAUCGCAAUAUAGGAACCUUUGUUAACAAGCAAAUACAUCUCAAACCUCCCGCAGCUGCCGGAGCAUAGAACACACCAACCAAUGUGUCUUUUGGUAACUUCAGCCAUUUUCUCACCAUCUGCCUGAUUACUUUGUCUGACGUCCUCAAGGUAUUCUGACAGACGCUACCAAGCACCAUAAUAUGUAUGAUGCCAGGAAUCAGGUGCUUAUUCAGUAUAUAUAACCGUUGUUGUGGUUUCAGGGGCGCCUCAUCAAGCGCUGUAAGUUUCUCAUGCAACUUUUGUAUAUCUGGCUUUCCCCUACCAGCUGAAGAAAAGUGCAUUCCCAAAUACUUGUACACUGCUGUUGGCUGCAGAGAAUGGACUUGAGCUCCAUAAAUCUCUGUUUUAUGAGUCGUAUCUACAUACCACUUCUUCAUUCUUGGAACUGUUUGGAUCUUCAACGUGGCACACUUCUGUGGAUUUAUUUCCAGCACCGAUACUUCUAAAUACUUCAAAAACAGCUGCAAUUGUGCAUGAAGGCCCUGCUCAGACUCGGCAACCAAGACCACAUCAUCAGCAAAAGCCAAAGCAGACACUUUAGACUCGGCAUCACGUAUUGGCCAUCCAACUUGCUCAUUUAAUGCCAAUAGUGCUUCAUUCAUUACUAUAUUAAAGAGGAUACAUGAUAGAGGGUGCUUCACACCUCUACACACAUUCCCCUCUUUUCCCAUAACCUCAGUAGACGCAUCCUUAAACGUUGACAUAAUAUAACUGAUCACCAAGGGAGGCACAUUAUGAAUCUGAAGUGCCCUCCUCACCGAGGAAUGGUUAACCGAGUCAUAGGCUUUCUUUACAUCUAAAAAUAUAGCAUAAAGUGGCUUAAUUCUCUCUUUACUCUCACUAAUUAUUGCAUCCAACAACAUCACAUUCUGGGCCAGGCCAUCUGUGGGCAGGAACGCUGUCUGCGCCAUAUGGAGGGGAACCCAAUGGACAUAUCUUGCUGCCAAUAUUUUAUGAAAUACUCUAACGAUGAUACUGGAUAUAGUGAUGGGUCUGUACUGACCUGGUUCUUCCGGACAAUCAACCUUGGGCAGCAAGACAGUUCUGGCCUUCCUGAAUACCUUCGGUAGGUAUCCAAUAUACAACCAGAUGUUAAACAAAUCAACCCAGAACUGUUCUGGAAACAUCCUUAGAUCUUUAGGCUUCCAUCCAUCAGGACCUGGCGCAGAACUGCCAUUGGAUGCAGUUACCACUCUCUUAAACUCAACUUCAAUAGGUAACUGCAAUUGCCAUAAUUGUUCUUCAACAAGUGUCCUUCCCGGUCUUGCAUCUUCUUCAGAUGGUCUUGCAAACAAAUUUAACCAAAAGUCUUGCAAUUGCUCCUUAACCACAACUUGCUGAUCAGGGGCACCCAAGUGCCGCCAUCUUCCUUCAAGAACCAUCCUCGCACAUUUGGUUUUAUCCUUAUUAUACAGCUUCUGCAGAUCUCUAUACAGUUGUCUUCUUUGAGCUCUUCUACCACCCCUAUUGUUGUUAUACUGGGGGGCAUUUCCUCUUCGAGCAGCACCACCUUUAUUCUUGGACACAUAUGUAAGCAUAGCCUCUGCCAUUUCAUCCAAUAUACGUACUCUGAACAGAGGUAACACACUCAUCAUUAAAAACAUCAAGACCAAACUCCCCAUAUCCCUCCCACAUCUUCUCCACACAAAGUGUAACAAAAUGUAUCAUGUUCUGUAGUUUCUGACAUGUGUUCGUGUAUGCACUAGUGUUAAUUGUGUCCAGUAGGUGCUGUGUUAGUGCAUGUACUGUUGGAACACUUAGAUUGUGGGAGAUUUCAAUUCCGAACAACCUUUCCCCACCCCCAAUUUCAUUGCUUCGCGCCUCCUGGCAGUCAACAUCUUGAAUCCUUCACAUACCACCACCUUCAACAGUCACUUCGGACAUAAAUCUAUCAACAAGAAUUCUAUAUGAGACCACUCUCCUGUGGCCCUUAAUUGCCUCCACCGAUCUCCCGGUGUGGACUCUCGCCAACAAAGAAUUUAUCCCUGCAGGGACACCUUGACCAGCACUCCUGGCCUCUCUCAGGAUCUUUGCCUUGGCCAUAGCCAACACAUACUCCUCCUCUUUAGACCAUCUGGUCUUCACAUGGGCAACCGCCCCCUCCACAUCCCUAUGAUAUUCGUCAGGAUGCUUGCUAUGCAUAUGAAUGGACAAUCCACUCUUACUCCGACACACCACACCACACACAAGGCAUCGAAAUGGAGCUCCAUUAUCAACCGCCAUCAUUAUUGAGGACAACUCAACAUAAUGUUUUGCCACGUACAGAACUAGAAUGGGUCAUGCCCACUCUUAUUACAACCCGUAAAAGCUAAAUUCAGAAUAAAAGGCUCUGCAUGUGGCAGUUUGUGCAGCUUUAGUCGCAGGCGGACCGAUUGCCGAAACUCUCAGCCCUAACCUGCGUUACCGACUCCCACCUGGAUUAUAUCCGGAGGUACUGCACGAGGAUCUUAAUCACUCAGUCUGAGAGAAUAGUAAGUGGUGCACCAAAUGCUAUUUUCUGAGAACAAGUGACUUCAAGUCAUUAAGAGAGUCUUUGGUUACAGUUCUACAGCAGUUUACACCUCAUUUCUCCACUAUGGAAAGGUAAGUAAAAUUAUUGCAAAUUAUGUAGAGUACUAUAAAAUUACAGAACAGUACUGUACUGUAGUACUAAAGAAUACAGUACCCGUAUUCUGAGUGUCCAGUUGUCGUCUGCAUCAUCGGACCAAGUCCACUACUUCAGAAGACAACUGGACAGAUAUGAAAUAUUAAUUUCAUAAUUCAGGAGUUGUAGACAGUUGGUAUUAUCGUAUAUCCCCUUCCCUCUGUUAGUCUGUUAAUGAGAGAUUUUACUGUAUUUUACAACCUAAACUGUAUGCAUAUAAAAUUAGAUUUUCUGAGAGCCUGAAAUGUUUAUGUAUAUUAGCUAUUAAUAAAGAAAUACACCAAA